AUGUCAGCACUUCAACAAGUACCUGAAUUAAUACGAGAUGAUAUCUCACUCGAGAAGAUCCGAGAUAUAAAACAGCAACUUAUGAAACAAAAAUCUACAGUAGAAUAUCAAUUGAAUAAAGAAUCAGAUAAAUAUUUUAGUUCCAUACAGGAGAGUCUACAGUUAUUGAACUUAUCUCAAAAAUCCGUUACUUCCAUCAGAGAAAAAUUAGACGACGUUAACAAGUUGAGUGAGGAAAGCAAAUCAUCCAUUGAUAGAUACGACGUAAUAUUCGAUGCCACCAAACUAUACGAUACUAUAAAUACCACAUCUGCAAUUUACGAUAAGGUGGUGAAUUUUAAUCAAUUAAUAGAAAAAAUAGAUCAGAUGCUUGAUGUAGAGUUAGAUCAAGAUUCACUAGAAACAGGUUGUCCAUACUUGCUACAAAUACAUUACUUAUUGACGACAGCAAGAGAUUUCCAAGAUCAGAUGACUGCAAUGGCUCAAGUAUCGACGGAUGAUGUACAAAGAACAGUUAUCAAACUAUUUAAUAAGAUUCCCUCGCUAAUAUCAAAAUUUGAUCGAUUGGUAGAAUCUUUAAUUUAUGACAUUGUUGAAAUCGUUAGAUCCGGCCAGAUAUCAUUAUCAAUUCGUUUAUUUAAAGUAAUUGAUUUGGAAGAGCAGGAAGAUCUAAAAAUCACUGCGAUAAGGAAUAUUAUUGAGAAAAAGGAAGUUCAAGCUGAAAAGUCAUCCAUCAAGAAACUGCCUAAUAAUAAGAAUUCGGCUAGAUUGUUAGAAAAUGAGCAAAGGUCAGUUGAAUACCCAACUCCAUAUGGUGUUUAUAAUGAAAUAAUUGGCGGAACGAUAUCUUCUAGGACUGAACCACGAGGAUAUAGAAACUUCUUUUUCAACAAACUGAAACAAUCCAUUACAGACAUGUUUGUAGAGGUCAGGAAAGAAUAUCAAGAUGAGAAAAAAUUUGAAGUACUGAAUAACUUAGAUUGGGUUUUCAAUGAAUUAAUGAUGGUCAAGGAGCAUGUUUCCAAAUACUGUCCAUCACAUUGGAAAAUCUUUGAAAAAUGUUUCGAGUACUAUUAUGACGAACUACACUUGUUAAUAAAUGAAUUGGUGGAAUCUGAACCUGAGACAAUUAUUAUCUUAGAUAUCCUAGACUUUGAUAAGACUUUCCAACAAACGCUUGUGAAAGAUUUCGGAUAUACUAAAAAGGAGACAAAAAGUGUUAUUGGUCCAGAACAGAAGGAGACUUUAUUCAAAGAUUAUUUGAACUUAAUCGUCACAAAGAUGAAAGAAUGGUUUGCUAACUUGGAAAAGGCAGAAUUUGACGUUUUCCUUGAGAGGACCACACCACCUCAUACUGACUCUGAGGGAUUAUUAUUCUUGGAUGGUACAAAGACAUGCUUCCAAAUGUUUACUCAACAAGUCGAAGUUGCAGCUGGGUCUAACCAGGCUAAGAUUUUAGUUGGUGUCAUCGAGAAGUUUACUAAUUUAUUAUUAGAUCGUCAAAAGCAUUGGAUUAUUAACAUUAAUAAUGAAGUUGUAAGGUUAUUGAAAUACAAUGAAUUGUAUGACAUUGAUCCGCAUAAUAUAUCACCGGAGGAUCAAUGUGCUGGUGGUUUGUUAGAGUAUUUAAUUGCUGUAUCAAACGAUCAAAUGAGAGCCGCAGAUUAUACAAUGGCCCUUUCUACCAAGUAUGGUGAAAUUGUUAGUAAAAUAUACGAAAAGGAGAUAUCGAAACAUAUGAAUGUUUCACUUGAUGGGUUUGCUGAAGUGGUCAAAUGUGCAUCUUCUGGAUUGCUAGCGAUAAUGUUUGAUGAUUUGAAAAGACCAUACAGUGAAAUUUUCAGCAAAAAUUGGUAUAGUGGAAGCCAAGUUCAACAAAUUUCAGAUACCUUAUUUGAGUAUCUUACUGAUAUUAAGGCUCAAAUGAGUCCCGUCGUUUUCACUAUAUUCAUUGGUAAUGUGAUUGAUGAGGCAUUCUUACAAUUUAUCAAGGCCUUGGAAGAACGCCAUUCAUUUAAGAAUAAAAACAAUAAAUUCAUAACGUGCAUGAAACGUGAUUUUGAAAUCUUCUUUACCUUGUUUACUAAAUUUGUUCCUGAAGAAUCAAAGCAAGAGAUUAUUGAUGUUAGAUUUAAGGUAAUGGAAUACUUUAUCGAUUUAAGUUGUGAACCAAUUAAUGAAAUAAUUGAGACUUGGAAAAACUUUUUAAUGGAAUAUCCAGAGGCACCUAUUGAUUUCUUGGUGGCAAUUCUAACAUGCAGAAAAGAUAUCGAUUCUUCUGAUAGGAGACAUAUGAUUCAAAGAGGGCUAGAUUAUAUUAAUGAUCCUGAAAGAAUUAAGAAAUUGAAUGAAAAGACUACAGAAAUAUCAUUUAUCAGUAGAUUUACCUUCAGUUCAUCGAAGUAA